AUGAUACCAAAAGAUAUAUGUGAUCUAUUAGAAGAGUCUUUAGAUGAAAAGAUAGAAAAUUUUGAAAUCCAGGAACAUGAAGGCAACGAAAAAGGUCAGGGACAUUUAGGUGAAAUGGUAUUUUUGUCCAUGAAAAACAAAAAUACCGGCGCAGAUCAUCAUUUAGUGGUCAAACAAUGUCUCGUAGGUUCUGAAGAAACUAACAAAUUUAUGUCGAUGUGUUUUAACAACGAAGUGCAUUUUUAUACCAAAGUAAUUCCAGCUUUACAAGCAUUCCAAAAGUCUUAUCCUAAAGUUGAAAUCUUUAACAAUAUACCAAAAUGUUUUGCAACGAGCUCAAAAAAAGGAAAAGAAAAAUUUGUAAUGGAAAAUUUAAAGGUAAAAGACUACAAAAUCCACCCUAAGAAAAUACCCCUAAAUACUAAAAUGUACGAAACUAUUUUUAAAACGUAUGGAAAGUUUCAUGGAAUUUCCUAUGCCUUUAAACAUUACCACCCUGAACAGUUUAGUGAAUUAGGCGCAGGAUAUCAUAAGAAUAUGAAAACGUUUUUUAAUCAAGGUCUAAUGCAACAAGCAAUCGCCAGUUUGUGUAACACGAUAAAAGAAUUUUUAGAAGAGGAAGAAGAAAUAAAAAUAAUCGAUAGUUUUAAAAAAUAUUGUGAUAACGGUUCUCAAAUGUUUCUUGAUGCACUUGAAUACAAAAGUCCAUAUUCAGUUUUUAUUCACGGUGACUGUUGGAGUAAUAAUAUGAUGUUCAAAUACAACAACUCAGGAGAUAUAGAAGAUAUUAAAUUGUUCGACUUCCAAAUGGCUGGGGUAGGUUCACCCAUUUUGGAUCUGACAUACAGUUUCUACUCAGGAGCUGACGAAGAAAGCAUAUCUAAUUUGGAUCAUUUCCUUGAAAUCUAUUACAAAAACCUUAGUGAGACAUUAAAGGAUUAUGGAUGUAGUGCAGAGAAAGUUCUACCAUUUACAGAAUUAAAAAAAGAAUGGAAAGAACAAAACGCAUUUGGUGUUAUAUUGGGGUUACUGAUAUGGAAUAAUAAAAAUUUGGACCCAAGUGAAACUCCAAAUGUCGCUGAACUAAUGGACGCAGAAUCCCAAGGAGAAAAUUUCAGCCAAAUAAUGCAGAAGGCCGAUUCUACAGGUUUUAAAAAAGCUAGCUUAGCAGUAAUGAGACAUUUGUACAAAAAUAACUUCUUGUAA